UCAGUAGGUUAUAAUGUCAUUCAAUCCACCCUGCACAGGAUCCUUUCUCUCCAGAGAAACGGAUCUUUGUAACUGGGAGGACAACUCUCAUUCCAGGAGAUCCACCAGGAAAGUCCUCCUCCUGGCACUUAAAAGGGCGGAGAGGAUGGACUACGGGCACUUCCUGCCCCACCCCUUUCCCUUGCAAAACGUGCGCAUCCGCUGAGAGCAAAGAUCUUUGCAUUAAGUCCAGGAUCAGAAAGCAGCGCAGCCCCCUCCCCCCGGGUUUUCUGCAAAGGGAAACAGGCAGCAUAUUGAGCCACCUUCCCUGCCCCAGCAGACCCACUUCCGCCUCCCUCUGCAAAGCCGUCCUGCCUUUUCCACUGGAAUCCACUCAGACGGGAUGCCAAACAUCCGCUUCGGAAAUGCAGGAUGUCUGAGCCACCCUCCGCCCAUCUGGGUAGUCCCUGCGUAACACUGGAACCUAGUGGAAGAGGCACAUUUGCUGAAAGUUUUGUGGACUGAAGGACAGCCAAAUUUGGUUUGCCCUCACGCUGGAAGAGGCACUGAAACCAUGGAGGCUGAGAGCAGAGGGGAAUUACGGGAAAGACCAGUGCAGAAGUCAUUGGGUAAGCACAUCGCCAGCUCAGAUGCCCAGCAGUUCAGGCAUCUCUGCUACCAUCCAGCCAAGGGGCCCCGAGAGGUCUGCAGCCAACUCCACUACCUUUGCCAGCAAUGGCUGAAGCCAGAAAGGCACAGCAAGUUGGAGAUGCUGGACCUGGUGAUCCUGGAGCAGUUCCUGGCCAUCCUGCCCCCAGAGAUGGAGAGCUGGGUCAGGGAAUGCCGGCCAGAGAGCAGUUCCCAGGCGGUAGCUCUGGCAGAAGGCUUCCUCUUGAGCCAGGCAGAAGACAAGAAUCAGGAAGAGCAGGUUCUGCUACUUGAAGUGGCUACUGAUUCUCCAGAGCCAGAAAAUACAUUGAAGCCACAGCCACUCACGCUGCAAACAAAUACAGGGGCCAACUCCAUAGGAGGAAGAUGGCCGUCUUCAGUACAAGCUGAAUCGCCUUUGCUUUGUAAUGGGGCUGAAACGGCUUCUUGGCACUCCACCCAAGGCCUCCCAACCUUUGAGGAGGUAGCUGUGCCUUUCUCUGAAGAGGAGGGGUCUCUGCGGGAUCCAGACCAAAGGUCCCUGCACAGAGAAGUCGUGGCAGACAAUUAUGAGACAGUGGCCUCUUUCUCUGCCCUGUCAGAUACUGCUGAGGGAACAAAUAUCGCUGCAUCAUCAUCUGCUCAGCAGUUGUCCAACAGGAGAAAUAGGAAGAGGCGGGCUGUUCCGGUGGAAGAUACUGCUGAGCGAGUGUUGGCACAGUGGGCGUUCAAGCGGAGUGAGACCAAUCGCCGCUACACAGAGACAAUGGAAGCAGAGAGGCACUGUCGUGCUCAGAUGCUCAAGGAAGAGAGACUCAACCACCAGCUAUUCCGAGACACGAUGCAGCAAAACAGAAACAUUAUGCUCAAAGCUUUCAGUGUUUUCAAAAGACUGGAUGAUUUCUUGGAGGAGGAUCUGAAGAGAACUCUCUCUCAAGAAAGACCCCGGACCAAUGAUCUCUCACAUUCAGAAGCAGCAGCAUCACAGACUUCUGUCCAUACUGACUGUAGUCCUACAUAGGAGAAUGCCCUUUGACCUGUUGCACAUAUGUGUACCUCCAUGGGCAUAUAAAGGGGCACUUCCGGCAAUAGGUAUUCUGAACAGUCCAUGUGAGCUACUCAGUUCCUUUACACCUGUUCUGCAGAUUUAAAAAAAUUGUUCUUAUAGUUCAUAGUUUAUUUGAGUUUAUCAGCCCAUUUUAUAUAAAUGCCCAUAAAAAAAAACUUUGGCAGCAAACUGCAAAACAGAAUUUUUGCCACACUACAUAGUUUUGAUUUAGACUGUUAAGAAACAAUUUUCGUUUUAUAACAUCUGGGAAAGGGGUAAAUUUAACUAUCCAUUUAGUCAGACACGUUUUCCUUUCUGCUUCAUAUUUGUGACAGUAACACACAUAUGCACAUUGAGUACAUUCAUUUGACAAUCAAAAUCUUUGAUUUGGAGGAGUUUGUGAAUAACAGCCUUUCAUCUGCGCUGUUGGGAGUGCAUUUCAGUGUAUGAUCGUAUAUGCUUGUCUCAAAGUUGUCUUCUGCUGCCCACUAAAGAUUGAGAUGCACCUCUGUGGGGAGGUUAUUCCAUAAGAAGAGGAGAAGUUUGGAUUUACUGUAGGGAAAUUCAAGGCGGCUUACAAACUCCUUUCAUGUCCUCUACCCACAAUGGAUACCCUGAGUAAUAGGUGGGGCUGAGAGACUUUAAAGAGAACUGUGACUAGCACAAGGUCAUCCAACAGGAAUGUAGA